AUGUCAGUGAUGCUAGAUAACACUUCAGCCCGGCUCUUCCAGACUACACGCACUGGAUUCCAAGCCCGCUGUCAGCGACUCAUUGACGACCUCUUGAACAAUGGCUUAUCGAUUCAGGAUGAACUCCAUGAUAGGGUAGGUCGGCUUCAUCUGUCGUUGGAACAGCUUAAGCGAGCCGGACAGAUGAUGGCCAUUGAUCGUCCGACAAAUGAGGUUGUGCGUUCAGUGCCUAUUGGAUUUUUCACAGUUCUCAUUGAUCGCCCCGGACAGGACCCAAUGUCCGAGUUUGAUUGGGCCUGUAUUUAUACAGCUGACGCUUUGAACAUGCUGACCGGUGAAUUCUUGCGCCACAGGGACCCCGCUGAUAUUGCCCGCCAUCUUGAGGCCCAGUCAUUCCUCUGGGAUUUGGUUGUCCCAUUCCCCGCGACCAUUUCCUACGCUGAGGAUUCCGCCCCAGAGGCAUAUAUCAAUGCUCUUCAAAUCCCGCCUGCUGCUCGUAUGGCUCGUACGAACUCGAGGAUUCCAGUGAGGCGUCGCCCUCCUCCUCCCGUUGACACUUAUGUGGCUUAUAACAGGCCUGUUCCCGGACCCUACCCACCUGCUUUGCCCCCACGACCUGUGCCUGAGUCUGAGCCGGACUCUGAGCCGGAGUCCCGUACAGGUGCUAACACUACGGGUCUCUAUAGGUACCCCAGCAUGUGUCCCCGGUAA